UUCAGCAUCUUGUAGUCCCUUCAAUAAAGUCACACAUUGACUCACCACAUACUGAAGAGUCAACACCUCCAUCCAGCUUACCACCAGAUGUCAUGAGUGUCUCAUCCGCCCCUCCCACAUCUAUUCUUGCCUCGUCUGAGGUGCAGAGGGAUUGUGGUCUGUGCUGCUGAGCCUCCACCUGGGAGGGAACUAAAGGAGGGGCCGGCAGAAGGUAGUCACCUGAAGCGCUGAAGCAAACAGGUGCUUGUUAUGCGUGUCGGCGCAUGAACGUUAUGUUGGGCUACUGGAUCCAAGCAGUGAGCGUUUAAUCGCUGCAGAGUCUUUGAAAACCCUCUUUGCCGUCAUGAUAAAUGGAAGCUGUGACUCAGGCCUCACAUGGGAGGUCCGGGCAAACAACCGCCACUUCCACAGGAGGAAGAAGUCCUUUCUGUGCUACCGCUGGGGUCGCUACGCGGACAAUGUGGUGCGCAGCCAUAAGUACUCCCUCCUGACGUUCCUGCCCCUGACAUUGUUUGAACAGUUCCAGCGAGCGGCCAAUCUGUACUUCCUUCUAAUGAUGGUGAUUCAGUGCGUUCCUGUCAUCUCUUCUCUUCCCUGGUACGUCACUUUGAUGCCACUUGCCAUGGUUCUUGCUAUAAGGGCGCUGAAGGACCUCAUCAACGACCAGGCGAGGAGACGCAGUGACUCGGAGAUUAACUCCAGACCUUGUGACCUCCUCAUCUCCCAGAGUUUCAGUGCAGCACAGUGGAAGGACAUCUGUGUUGGAGAUAUUCUACGGAUUCAUAAAGAUCAAGUUAUUCCGGCAGAUGUUCUCCUCCUGUGCAGCUCGGAGCCCCACAGUUUAUCUUUUGUUGAGACCGCAGACAUUGAUGGAGAGACGAACCUAAAAUACCGCCAGGCUCUCCAGGCAACACACACUGCUCUGACCUCGGGCAACACAGACAAUAUGCUUGCCGCCUUUGAUGGUGUUGUGCUGUGUGAAGAACCAAACGACCGGCUGUACACCUUCAGAGGUCAGCUUCAUUGGCAUGGAGAGUGUCUUCCCCUGGACAAUGAGCACAUCCUCCUGAGAGGAACAGUCCUACGCAACACGAAGUUUGCCUACGGCCUGGUCGUAUACACUGGCGCAGACAGUAAGAUCCUGAGGAACUGUGGGAAGCUGCGAGUGAAGAGGACUCAAACAGAAAAAGUUCUCAACAGAGUUGUGAUCGGGAUAGUCUUGUCCAUCCUGCUGGUUUCCCUCCUCAUGGCCAUCGGCAGUGGCGUGUUUUCAUACCGGGGCACGAGGGAAACGGAUGCGUGGACAGUUCUGGUGGUCAAUGGGAAUCCAGUUUACACCGGGUUUCUGGACUUCUGGAGCUAUAUCAUCCUGCUAAGCCCAGCAAUGCCCAUCUCCCUCUACAUCACGUUUGAGAUCAUCCACACCGUUCACAGCAAGUUCAUUGGCUGGGAUCUGGAUAUGUACUGGCAGCCGGGGAACAGGUUCGCCGAGGUCAGGAACACCGUCCUAACUGAAGAGCUUGGCCAAGUGGGAUACCUGCUCAGUGACAAAACUGGAACGCUGACGCAGAACCGUCUCCUCUUCAGGCAGUGCUGCGUCGCAGGCGAGAUCUACGGUGAUGUUUCAUUAAGAGCAGAGGACAUACAGCCCAUGGAUCUUAGCUGGAAUCCCUACUCCAGCGGCGGGCUGUUUAUGUCAGCUCCAGAAUUGGUGGAGAGGCUUAGAGGACAGCAGUGUCUGCUGGUCAAAGAAUUCUUCACAGCGCUGUCGCUCUGUCAUACUGUCAUGGUGGAGUGGAAGGACGAGCGUCCUGUUUACCAAGCAGCGUCACCAGAUGAGGAGUCUCUUGUCAAUGCCGCCCGGGAGCUGGGCUGGGCCUUCCUCUCCCGAACCAGAGAGUUUUUGGUGGUCUCUGAACUUGGAGUGCACAGGAAGUAUGAGCUGCUGGCUUUGCUGGAUUUCACCAGCAGACGAAGACGGAUGUCUGUGCUGGUGCGGGAGCCGGAGGGAGGGUUAAAGCUUUACUGUAAGGGGGCUGACAUGGUGAUCCUGCAGCGACUGCAGAAUGACUGUCCACAUCAGGAUAAAAUUGAACGCGCCCUGGAGGUGAGCUUCUCGCAGCAAAACGCACGGCUUUUUGCCCAGGCCUCUCUAAGGACCUUGUGUGUUGCGGUUCGACCUGUUCCUGAGGCGUCAUGGGACCAGUGGAAGAAAACCCUGAGCCAGGCUGCUGCCAUGGCGACCAGCGAUCGUCACGAACUGCAGGAGAAGUUGUAUGAUCAGAUGGAAAGGGACCUUCAGCUUCUGGGUGUAACGGCAAUAGAGGACCGUCUGCAGGACGGGGUUCCUGAAACAGUAGCUCUGCUCCAACAAGCCGGGAUAAAAGUCUGGGUGCUGACAGGAGACAAGAAAGAGACGGCUGUUAAUAUCGGAUAUUCCUGCAAACUGCUUGACACGAGCACCCGAGUACUGGAGUGGCAGGAGCUGAAACAAAUCCUGCAGUCUUCUGACCCAGAGAUGACUUUCUGCAAGACCAAACAGACGGAGGUUUGGGCAGUGGAUAAGGAGAUGACUGGAGAAAAGACCGCAGUGGUUCUGACCGGGUCUGAGCUUUCAGAGUUUGAACAGGGGCCAGAUUGGGGCGCCACGUUCAUGAAACUGGCCAGCAGGUGUCAGUCCGUGCUGUGCUGCCGUGUGACGCCGGGGCAGAAAGCUGACGUCGUCUCGCUGGUCAGGAAACACACCGACUCGGUCACUUUGUCGAUCGGCGACGGUGCCAAUGAUGUGAACAUGAUCAAGACGGCCCAUGUCGGUGUAGGACUGGCAGGAGUAGAAGGAGGUCAGGCGGUCCAGAAUGCUGACUUUGCACUUUCCCAGUUUAUGUUCCUGCAGAAACUGUUGCUGGUCCACGGCCGCUGGUCACACAGACGUAUUUCCUUAUUCCUACGCUACUUCCUGUUUAAAACCAGCAGCUUUGCCUUGGUGCAUGUUUGGUUUGGUCUCUACAAUGGCUUCAGUGCACAGCGCCUGUAUGAGCAGUGGUUCAUCCCAUUCUACAAUGUGUUCUACACUGCGUGGCCCAUUCUCUGUGUGGCAUUCUUUGAACAGGAUGUGAGUGCAGACGCCUGUCUGAGGUGGCCAGAACUCUACAAAAGACAAGACCACUCCAGCAUCAAAGUCUUAGUCAUGUACCUGUUGUAUGCCGUAUAUGCGUCACUUGUGUUUUAUUUCAUCCCUUGCGGAGUCUUCUCUGACACAGACUUUGAAUACCAGACCAUGGCAGUCACUGUCUCCUUGGCAGCCACACUUGCUGCGAACACUGAGAUUGUGCUUUUGACUCGGCACUGGACCAAAUACAACUUUGCAUCUGUCAUCGCCUCUGUGGUUCUGUUCUUCAUCUUAACCAGAAUCACCCACAGUGCUUUCCUGUUUCGGGCUGCACCCACUGACUAUAAUUUUCUUGGUGCCUCUGAAAAGGCCUUUGCUGAGCCAGUGGUCUGGCUAACUGCUCUGCUCACCUCCUGGACUUCUGUUUUGCCCUCUGUGGCGUUCCAUGGCCUUGACAUUAUCCUCAAUAAGAACGGGAAAUGCAAGGUCCACAGUGAGAGUCAGUCUGUGGAGCUGAGGUCAAAACUCAGUAGGCUGUCGACACGACGGUGCAGUUUUAGUCUCUCACAAGGAGCUUCGCAACUCAACAGCCAAAAUGUUGACAUCAGCAGCAGGUGACAGUCAGUGAUAACUGACCUCCGACCUCCCACAUAAGGAGGGUUGUUGUGAAAUGGUUGUCAUUUGGUGUAAUGUCUGAUCAAUGCCCAAUACCAGCACGAAAUCCUAUUACAAGAUAAGACACUGGAAAUGUUGACUCCAACAUGGCAGCCAAAGACAGCAGGAUUUCUGCUCCAUGUAAAUCAUCGUGGUGCGCGGCCAUGGCAAAAUAAAAUCCACCGUGCUUUCAGAAUUAUUGUCUUUUUUUUUGUUUUAGAUGAUACAAAUAUAAAUGGUAUUGCAGGACUCAUUCACAUGAACACAAAAUUCAGAGCAUUAUAAGAACUCAAAAGGUCACUGUCAUCACAUCAACCAAUAAGUAGUUCGAAAGAAGAAAUACUGUUUUCAUAAAAACAUUCAAUAAAACAUCAUUACAUUGUGAUGCAUAUGAGUA